AUGGAAAUGUACCUUCCUUUCUGUGGUAUUGCCAUAUCCAAUGCUCAAUUGUUUGCUGCUUCCCGGAAGGAGUACGAUAGAAGCAGAGCCUUGCUGGAGGUGGUUAAUGAUCUCUUUGAAGAACAGACAGACCUGGAGAAAAUUGUGAAAAAAAUUAUGCAUCGAGCCCAGACUCUACUCAAAUGUGAGCGUUGCUUGGUAUUGCUUCUUGACGACAUUGAAUCACCAGAGGUAAAAUUUACCAAGUCCUUUGAAUUGAUGUCUCCAAAGUGCAUAGCUGAUACAGAAAAUAGUUUCAAAGACAAUUUGGAGAAACCAUCAGCAUCUUAUUCAGACUGGCUAGUAAAUAAUAGCAUUGCUGAACUUGUAGCUUCUACCGGCCUUCCAGUGAACAACAGUGAUGCUUAUCAGGAUCCUCGCUUUGAUGCAGAAGUUGAUCAGAUGUCUGGUUUUCACAUAAGAUCUGUGCUCUGCGUACCUAUAUGGAAUAACAGUCACCAAAUAAUUGGGGUUGCUCAGGUGCUGAAUAGACUUGAUGGAAAACCUUUUGAUGAUGCUGAUCAGCGGCUCUUUGAGGCUUUUGUUAUAUUUUGUGGCUUGGGCAUCAAUAAUACUAUAAUGUAUGACCAAGUGAAGAAGUCCUGGGCAAAGCAAUCUGUGGCUCUUGAUGUGCUGUCUUAUCAUGCAACAUGUUCAAAGGCAGAACUUGACAAAGUUAAGACAGCAAACAUCCCUCUGGUGUCAGAACUUGGUAUAGAUAACGUCCACUUUGAUGAUUUUUCCCUUGAUAUGGAUACCAUGAUAACAGCAGCCCUCCGGAUGUUCAUGGAGCUUGGAAUAGUUCAGAAAUUUAGAAUUGACUAUGAGACACUGUGUAGGUGGCUUUUGACAGUGAGGAAAAAUUACCGAAUGGUUCUGUAUCACAACUGGCGGCAUGCUUUCAACGUGUGCCAGCUCAUGUUUGCCAUGUUAACUACAGCAGGAUUUCAGGAGAUUCUGACAGAAAUAGAAAUUUUAGCUUUGAUAGUUGGAUGUUUAUGCCAUGACCUUGAUCACAGAGGAACAAACAAUGCCUUUCAAGCUAAGAUUGGGUCUGCUUUAGCUCAGCUCUAUGGGACAUCUGCUACUCUGGAGCAUCACCAUUUCAACCAUGCUGUAAUGAUUCUUCAGAGUGAGGGUCACAACAUCUUUGCUAAUUUGUCCUCCAAGGAUUACAGUGAUCUUAUGCAGCUUCUGAAGAAGUCAAUACUGGCAACAGACCUCACUCUCUAUUUUGAGAAGAGGACUGAAUUUUUUGAACUUGUCAACAAAGGAGAUUACAACUGGAAUGUUAAAUAUCAGCGAGAGGUAUUCCGAUCAAUGCUAAUGACAGCCUGUGACCUUGGAGCUGCAACGAAACCAUGGGAGAUUUCAAGACAGGUAGCUGAACUGGUAACAAGUGAGUUCUUUGAACAAGGGGACAGGGAGAGAUCUGAGUUGAAACUCACACCUUCUGCUAUAUUUGAUCGGAACAGGAAAGAUGAACUGCCUCGAUUACAGCUGGAAUGGAUUGAUAGUAUCUGCAUGCCUCUCUAUCAGGCCUUGGUGAAAGUGAAUGGAAAACUGAAGCCUAUGCUGGACUCUGUGGUGGCCAACAGAAAAAAAUGGGAGGAAUUGCAUCAGAAAAGAUUGCUUUCUCAGACAACAUCCAACUUAGCCAUGUCUCCGGAGAGCAUAAAAUAA